CUUGCACAAUGCCACAUAAGAGGGUCCAGAAAUACCUACUAUCUAGCGUGGAUAGUACAUAUCUAAUAGCUAAUAGGGCUAUCUCUGGCACUAUCAUACAUCCGAAUCACCGAUAGACGUAGACUCGUAAAUACCUACAACGUUAGACAAAUAAGACUCCAUCGUCCACUUGACUCUUCUUGACCUCUAAGCUGACCGCAUUUCGUACCUGUGCGACUUCUCGAAUUCCGACUUAAUCUUCGACAUAGCCGUUGAAGAACAAAGACCCCUACUUAUAAUAAGAGUUCUAUAGUGCGGGUAAAGAUGGCUUCCGAGAGCAAGGGUCGUCUAGCGGGCAAGAAUGCCGUCAUCACAGGAGGUGCAGGUGGAAUUGGCCUCGAAACCUCCAUUCUUUUCGCUCAAGAGGGUGCCAAUGUCUUGCUGGUGGACAUAUCCGGGCCCGCGCUCGAGAAAGCUAAGGCCAAGGUCCUGCAACUGGUCCCCGGAGCUGGCAAGAUAGAAACUAAGGUAGUCGAUGUAUCCAAAGAAGACCAAGUAAAAGCCGCAGUCGACUUCCUCGACGCCUGGGGCGGUCUCGACAUCAUCUUCAACAACGCAGGUAUCAUGCACGCACAAGACGACGACGCUAUCGGCACCCCCGAAGCGAUCUGGGAUCUUACCAUGUCCAUCAACGUCAAGGGGGUAUGGUACGGAUGCAAACACGCCGUUCUAUCCCUACGCCGUAACAAGAAAACUAAAGGCAGCAUUAUAAACACCGCGUCCGUGGUUGCUCUAGUCGGAUCCGCGACCCCGCAGCUCGCGUACACGGCUUCGAAAGGUGCGGUCCUGGCACUAACUCGCGAGUUGGCGAUUGUGCAUGCACGCGAGGGAUUUCGUUUCAAUAGUCUUUGCCCGUCGCCGUUGAAUACUCCGUUGUUGCAGGACUGGCUUGGUGAUGAUGUGCCGAAGCGUAUGCGUCGCGAGAUUCAUUUCCCGUCUGGUCGUUUCGGUGAGGGUAUCGAGCAGGCACGCGCUGUACUUUUCUUGGCUUCGGAUGAUGCUGGGUAUGUUAAUGGCCACGAGAUGGUGGUUGAUGGUGGUAUGAGCAAGGCGUAUGUUACGCCUGAGGGCCCGCCGCUACCUGCGCCUACGAACAAUGCUUUGAAGGAUGCGCUAUGAGCUAUAAUAUGCUCACCAUUUAUAUCGUGAUGGAUUUUGGGCGCAUGCAUGGGUUACGUCAAUUUGGCCAGCAUUAAGAUUGUCGUCAGAAACGAUUUCUAUCUACUUAUCUGGAAGCUGUCUUGCCCAAGCACGCAAUUUUGCAGCUGAU